ACACCGUCACAUACACAUACUUGGAGCAACAUCAACAACAAAAACAACUUAGUGUCGCCGCCGUCGUCGUCGUCACAGUUGAAGUACGCCACGGCCAGUGAAGCAACAGUCUGUAGAGAAAAGAGGAAAAAACUGUAAACUGUAAACAAAGCUUUUGGCCAAACGGAUAGGUGGCGCCACUUUCGCUGCAGCAAGCAGAUAAAAAUUUGAAGAGAAAAUAGAAGCAAAAUGGUUGAUCGUCUCGUUAACUCGGAAUUGAACACCCGUCGCAUUGCCUCCGUCGAGAACUGCUUUGGCAGCUCCGGAGUGCCGCUGGCGAUACCCGGACGCGUUCUAGUCGGCGAAGGUGUUCUGACCAAAAUGUGUCGCAAACGUCCAAAGUCGCGGCAAUUCUUUCUCUUCAACGACAUACUGGUCUAUGGCAACAUUGUGAUUGGAAAGAAAAAGUACAACAAACAACACAUAAUGCCGCUCGAGGAAGUUUCCCUGGACUCGAUACCCGACAACCAGCAGUACCGCAAUGGCUGGUAUAUACGCACGACGACGAAGUCUUUCGUCGUGUAUGCCGCCACCAGCACAGAGAAGCAGGAGUGGAUGGCCCAUAUAAACAAAUGUGUGGAGGAUCUGUUGCGCAAGAGCGGCAAGAAACCGCCGGGAAACCACGCUGCCGUUUGGGUGCCCGACGCUGAGGCCAGCGUUUGCAUGCACUGCAAGAAGACGCAGUUCACAUUUGUUCAGCGGCGUCACCAUUGCCGAAACUGCGGUGCUGUCGUUUGCGCCGCUUGCUCCACCAAGAAGUUCCUCUUGCCUCAACAAACUGGCAAAGCGCUGAGGGUCUGCGAUGCUUGCUACGAUCGCUUGCGCCACGCACCUGAUUCGGACGGCACCGUGGAGCAGCGGGCCUCGAAGCUGAACAUAAGUGGAGCAGCAGACAGUUCGAAUGACGAUGAUACCGACGAGGAUCUGCCGGGCUCGACUGAGGCGCAUGACGAACCGCGCUUCUAUGGCGACAACAGCAUGUCUAUGGCGGAUGAGCAGACGGCUAAUUCAUCAGCGAUUGCAGCAACGACAACAGCAACACCUGCCACAGCCACACCCUCCGCCGCCGCCGCCGCCCCCGCUUCAGUCAAUUGCUGAGUCUGAAGCCACAAAUGCUGUGUAUAACAGUUUUGGAAGA